UAACAGUACACAUUUCAAAAUGAUAAAUGUGUGUAAAUUAAUUUUAUAGUCAAUUGAUUUGACAGCAAUAAAUUUUAAAGUGAAAAUUGAAGCUUGAAUUUGCGGAUAAUUAACACGUUUAUCGAUAAAUAAUAAUAUUUGAGAGGAUAUCCUAAAGAAAAACGUGACAAAGAGGAAACCGAGUAAUAGUAUGGUAAACACCAACAAAGAAAUAUAUUGUAGUGGUGUUACCAGUAACAUCAGGGAGUGCACGUUUUGCAAGGGAAACUUAAAUUACAUAAUCGGAUUUCAUGGGUAUGAAUUCAAAAUAGAGAUAUAAAUACGUCAAUAGUUGUGAAACAAUUCUAUAUACGACAUAUUAAGUAUUCGUAAAAUAUCAUUUAGAAGAAAAUAAUAAGAAAUUAAAAAUCGUUUAGAAGAAAAUAUCAAAAAUUAACCGAAAAUAAUCAAGUUCACUUAGAAGAAAAUAUCAGUGAGUCCUAGUUUGAACAUCUGCUUCUGCCUUUUCUGUCACCCUCUGUUGAAGAUGGCUGAAUUUUUUUUCUAUCACAUCCUCGUUUUGAAUUGACUCUAACGUUUCUAUGAAUAAAUCUGAUGGAGUCUCAUUCCCGAAAGCCACCGCUAGGUAUCUGGACCAUUGAUCGAUUUUGUGGCAAGGCGAGGAAUGGAUCAUCGCUUAUCGAAGAUUGUCUGAGAUAAUGACCGAGGAGAACCGCAACGAUCAGAGAAUCUUUCAUGGACGGAUAUCUACAGCUCGAUGAACUUGGGCUGGUCUGGUGCGUUAAAGUCUCCGCACACCUAUCCGUUCCCGAGGAAGAGAAACCAAGAAAGAAAAACAGUGCUUUUAAUAGACUUUUGGUCAGUUCGUAAAAACAAGAAAAAUUUUUUUAGUGCAAUUCCCACACACACAAAAAAUAAAUAAGAAGCUGAAUAUUUCAAAUCCAUUCUAGUGAUAUGAAAUUCUACAAAUUUGUGAUAAAGUAGUAACCUAAGUUGAUUAAGUAGUCAUUUUUCAAUUGUUGGAUGCAGGGUCUUACAAAUACGUAAAAAAAAAAAAAAGAAGAAGAUAUCAACGUACUUAAUUGAUGGAUCUAUUAGAAAUAUUCACAGAAUCUCAAGAAGAGGAUCUAUUUUUUGUUUGAUAAAUUAAUUUCAAAUGGCUCUAAUAAUGUUUAGAACACUUGUAAUUUUAAUUGUGGUGAUUACUUUGGUUUCCGCAUUGGGAACCAAUGACGGUGGUCCCAAUAGUCCGGUGUUCAAUUUAGAUGGAACAGCCUUUGAGAAGAAUAUUGCGGCUAUUUUCAAUAAAGUGGCGCACAGUUCAGCGACAACAAAGCGAAGUGUUCCUGCCUUUGAGCCUCAGGUUUCCGCGAGUACAACACUCUCGACAGUGCCCUCACCUCUCUCGACAACAUGGACACAACCGUCUGUCAAGAGUCCAGCGUCACGAGCCACCCCCUCACCUGUAUUUCGAGAGCAACCGUCCUAUGCUCCGCCGUCUAAGUCAUUUUUCACACCCCCAUUACCGCCCGAACUCUCAAAUCCCUUUGCCGACAAGCCAACUCUCAGGGGAACACACUACGAUCCCCAUGUGGUGUUGAGAAGGCCCGUACCACCACCGAGUGGCACUCCAGCGCAAGAGAGAAUACCGAUAAGACCAAAGGAUCUUGUUCAAGGUCCCUCACAACCCCCAGAGCGUUCGAUCGUCAAAAGUAGUAAAACUCAUAAUUUAAGUAAAGAGCAAAAAAGCUAUGAGGCAUCAGAGCCAGAGAAGAGAAAUAUUUCCAAUGAAUUUGCUCCUACUUUACAUUAUCCCAGUAUUUCGAGAAUUUUGUCAGGAAGUAAUGGCAGGAAACAAGACAUUCCAGAAAUUCUCCUUAAACCACUGCCAACCAAGAGUCCAGUGCAAAAUAUUGCGCCAAUUUCAACAACAGAGAGGACGACAACAACUAGCACAAUCAGGACAACAACCAUGUCCAAUUCUGUGACGAAUCCCAUCAUAUUUAAUUUACCGAACACAAGGCGACAAGAUGACGACGAGGACGAAGAUGAUGUUGAUCGGGACCAGAAGAACUACAACGAAAAUGUCUUCAAGACUGAGAAUAUUGAGACAGUGGAUGGAGAACGAUUACUUUAUCCACAGCCACAACCUCCAAAUCCUUCGAAGGAAGGACCAAUUGAUGAUGAUCGUGUGAUACCACACAGAGAUCCAUUUCCCUUGGAUCCAAGCUGGAGGAUUGCUUGGUCUCUUCACGUCUAUAUUGCAGCAAUCAGCUUUACUCUUAUGGCACUCUACUCAAUAUAUAAAAUAGUUCGCUUCAACGAUGCUACGAAUCUCUUCACACAAUCGUACUUUCUUACUGUGCAUUUGCUGCUGACAACUGUGUGCACUCUAAGAUGUUUUCAUCUCUUCUACGAUGCAAACAAUCUCUCGGGUACAUUGCACAGUUCACUGUCUGGAGUUUUAAUGUAUCUACCAUCGCCAAUGCUCUCUACGGCUUUUGCCACACUUGUCCUCUAUUUGACAAGGUGUUCGGAAGCACCAUCGUUUAACAAUAAAUACUUUUCACCAACAUCAGUCGCAUCUUAUGCAAUUGUACACGUUGUCCUUUGUAUUUCAUUGCAAAUUUCCAGUCCUCUUCUUGGCUAUCAUGACGAGGCGAAAAUUUUACCCCUCAUCUGCCAAUGUAUUUAUAUAAUUGUCUGCAUGGUACUUGGACUCUGCUACAUGUACGUCUAUCGUGUGAUUCGAUCACAAAUCCAUAUAACCACCAAUAAAUCAAUAAACAAUCAUGUUGCCGCUGAUCCCAUGGCAAUGGCAUUGAAUACAGCAAUUACAACAUCAAUAGCAACAGCUCUCUUAUUUAUUCUCAUGGGUAGUGUUCAACUUUUUGACUGUAUCUUCGGAGUACAGGAAAGGUCCACAUUGUAUCAUCAUUCCUGGCUCUGGUGGGGUUGGCAAUCUUCCGUCCGUUUAUUGGAGCUCACCAUGUGUGGAUUAAUGGCAUGGGUCUCAAGUCUAUCCCAAUAUCCAUUACGUGAAAAACAACUUCAACAACAUUCUGCACACUCGGGUUUUGCACUCUUUCCAUGUGGAAGUUCAACAUCCACUGAAAAUAUGGAUGACGUACUCUAUCCAGCAAUAUGCAGCACCAAUCAGGCUAUUCAAAAUUAUACAAUGAGAACUGGCAAACAAGUUUACGAUGAUAGUUAUCCAUUGAAUACACUGCCCGAACACCUCAAUAUCACGGGAACAUUCGAGAGGCAUUCAAUUAGAAAAUCAGGGACCAUGGGACAUUUCCCUCACGAGGGUAGAGGAUCAAUUAGUCGGCAUGGCAAUGGUGUGCAGACAAUGAGAAAUCUUGAUACUCGUGGUAGGCAUACGCCGACGCAAGCUGGAUUACAGCAUGAACAGGCGUCAGCCACGGGUUCAACGAUGCUAGUCGCGGAAGAUGGAUUUGUCAGAUUUCGUAGUCUUGGCGGUGAGGAGGAAGAAAUGUCUGACUCGCAGAGUAUUAUUGGCACACAUGGCAGGGGAAGUUCAUUGGCGGGAAGUGUUAGAUAUAAUGCAAGGCAUCCUAAUACAGUGCCACAUUCUCAUUCCCAUCAACAUCAACAUGCCAUUCAACAUGCGCAUCAACAUCAUCACUCGAUGCAACACUCGCAUCCAAAUCAGGGACAAUAUCAGGCACACCAUCCUAUGCAUCAUCAGGUGUAUAAUAAUACGUAGGUGUUAAGAGCCGCGGGAGUCUUAGCGGCCGUUAAUCCUUGCUCCUGGUGUCGCUCUUCUGAUAGUGUUUACCAAGAAUGUCACCAUGUGUAAAAUGGUCAAGCAACAUUCAGUCAAAGCGAGUGUCUGAUCGUGAUGCACAACGUGAAAAAAAAAGAAAAAAAAAUUAAAUUUUUAUUUAAAAACAAUGUAAGAUAUAACUUGUGUAUAAACUAAGUCUUACAUUUUCAUUGUAUUUCAUCAUUUUCAUAUGAAAAUUGAGAUCUUUUAAAUUAGUCCAUCGAAAUGAUAUUUAUUUUGACUUUGAAAAAGUCAAGAAAAAAAAAAAUUAUAGCAAGAAAUAAAUCUCGGAAAUCUUCGCUUCACUAUGGGUAGUCAAUGAGAUGAUGUUUCAAGUUUUUUCAUCUUGUAUUUGGCGUAUGGUACUUAACGCUACUCUUAAAACGAGUAAUGAAAUAAGAGAUACGGAUAUUUUUAUUUUAAGCCCAUAGGACGCUUUAUAUCCAAUCAAUGUAUCCGUCGUUAGUGCGAUUCGAAAAGAAGAUAAUUGUAUAUUUUCUUUUUUUUUUAUUAUUAUUUAUUUUAAUAUAAUGCAUAAUCGCUAAUUAUUGUAAUUACGUCUUUAUUUCGAGAUAAUUGCCAAGAAAUGUUGUGCACCGAGCAAUUAUAUUUAAAUUGACUAUUUCCGACCAGUUAUUAUGUGGUUAAGAACAAGACUGAUUUCUUUAAAUUUUUCAUAUAAAGAGUUCCGAUAAAUGGUUUCUAUUUAAAUAUUAUAAUUUUCAUUAUGGAAUUGUGAUCGUUUUUUUUUUAUUUUUUGACUAUUUCAUAGAAAGGUCUUUUUUUUUGUUUUAUGGAAAUAAUGUCUAACUAUUUUUCCAAAAGAAAAAAUUACUUUUUUUUUAAUUUUCAUUCAGUGAAAACUAUCGCAAUGGCCAGUGACUAAAAAAAUUUGCGAGUUUUCUGCUGAUUUUAAAAUUUUUAUUUAAUUUCAAAGUGUACUUAAAACAUAUUUUUUAGUCUGAUUUUAUGGUAAAUAAAAUUUCUUUAUUAAAAUGUCGAUACGGUCAGUAAAACUGAUCAUUCUUGUUUUCGAAUCGCACUUUAAAAAAAAAUACAUCAUUUACGUAUUGAAACGUAAUCUACAUAAAACGUGUACGUGAUUUUUUUCUAGAUAUUGGCCAAACGGGGUCCAAACGCGACGUUAAAGAUUCCAAAUCUUUCAUGAGUAUUCGAAUUGAAAAUCGUGCUUAUGGUUGAGUCGAAAAACGUUUUUGUACAGUAUAGUAAAUUAUCGCUCAGUAAGUCAUAAGAUUUAGUUAGCAUUUUCGAAAUUAGACUAAGUUAUUCUGUAAUAUAUUAAUUUACGUUUCGAAUAUAGAUAUUAUAUUUAUGAAUUGAAGACUUUGCGAUUAAAUAUUAAUUUAAUUGGUAUGAAUGAGCGAGAAAGAUGAACGAUAUGUGAUUUGAAAAAAAAAGUGAACGACGAAAUCGUGAAUGAUAUUAUGUGCAAGAAUGAACAAUGAGUUAAUUUAAGUUUCAAGCACCGGCCAGCAUUUUUUUUUUUUUAGAACAUUUUUUGAAGACUAUGGUACAAAGUAGCAUUUCUACUUUUAAUCAGUACUAUUUUGUCUUGUAUAUGUUUAUAUAUGUACAAUGUAAAUAUGAAACACACACAAACACACAUACACACUCUUCGUGAGUAUAUCAAUUUUUAAAGACACUUUUUAAGUUCAACUUGAGUGUAAUUCUUGAAAUAUGCCAGUGUGAAAUAAUUGUCUCUAUACUCCUUUUUUUAGUGUGGUUCUUAAAAAUAAUAUUUUUAUUUUAUUUUAAAUCUCUUAUUUAUUUUUUUAAAAUAUCAAGAAUCGUUUUUUUUUUUAUUUAUUCUUUUUAUUUGAACUUUUUCAAUACAUCACUUGAAAAGUUUAAUAAUUUUUCUUUUUUUUUUUCUUUAAGAACAACACUAAAAAAUAUUCUUAUUAUUAAAUAAUCACAGUGAAACAGUUUUUGAACUAUUCAUUUACCGUUGAAUAAUUUCACGAAUGUCAAUUAGUUUUCUUGCGCUUUAAUACUUGUGUUAAUGUAGUAGCAAUAGUUACUCUCUUCAAUAAGAAUAACCGUACACCCGCAAUUUAUUACGAAUUCGUAAAGAGUAUAUGAAUUCAAAAUAAAAAAUGUUUUUUCAUAGAUAUUAUUGUCCCCACCCCCCCGACAAAUGCCUCGCAUUUUCCGCAGUGCGAAAUAAAAAAAAGGGAAUUUGUUCGUAAGAUUUUUCGAUAUUUGAAAGAAUUUUUAUUGAUGUCUCGCGAUGAUAACAUGUUAGUAUAUCGGAUCUGUAUGGAAAAAAAUAUAUCUCAAUAUUAUAUGACAAAAUGUGUCAUGUACUUCUUACAUGUAAUAAUGCAAGUUUUUAUCUCAAGUUUUUGAAAGAAAAAAAAAAGUUAUUAAAAUAAACAUUCCAUCUUUCACACAUCGCCUAGAAUAAGAAAUGCGUAAAGAGAAGGAGAUAAGAAAAAAAAAUGCUUAUAUGAACAAAUGUGAGUCCUUUGUAAGGGUAAACAUUUUUGUUUGAUUUUAGCAAGUUAAAAAGCGCAAAAAUUUUUUAAUAAAAAAAAAAAGAAACGAAGAAAGAAAAAAGUGAGAAAUCAUAGCUCUUAUAUAAGCUAUUAUUAUAUAAACGAAAAAAAGAUGCUUAUGUAUUGGAACUCUGUAAAAACUGUAUAAUAACUGUACAAAAUAAUAACUAUAUAAAUCAUAUA